GGCAUUUUUCUGCGUUUCAAAUAUAACUCACUUCACUUUGUCACAUUUAAAGGAUGGAUUGUAAAGAAGAUAGGAAAUGUUCAGACAACAACGAGGUAGAAAAUCAUGAAGCUACGCUCGAUAUCAACAUACCCAUAGAAACAUUGAGCGCCGCCAUUCAAUUAAGUGACGCGCCAGUAAUUUUCCAGGAUGAGGCGGAAUUUGAUCAGAUUGAAGACUUCUUUAAUAUUGGAUUGUGUGACGACGAUUUCCUGCAAGACGUUAAUUUUUUUGCUGAUAAGGAGUCGGACGACGAUUCAAAUGUCAUAAGAAAUGAUGUCAACGAUGACAUACCCUGGUACGUGGAGGAGGAGUCACUCGGCAAGGCCGACAAUUCCAAGCAAGUGGAUUCGGACUAUUUCGGCUUGGACUGGGAUUUCAGUUUUGGCAAUGCCAAGAGCGACGAUGAUAUCAUUGGGGACUUUGUCAAAAUUGAUCUUCCCAAGCCGGAAGAUACGAGUGCAAGUACCAUCUAUAAUGGCGACAUGGAUAUUUUGAAGUCGGAGAAACUCUUCGACACAUCCGAGAUACUCUCCCUAAAAGAAACACUAAGCAACUUGGAGGAGGCUCCUCUCGAGGACAAGCUCUGUGAGUAUGACGAGCCCAAAAAAGUGGACGAUGACACACCCAUAAUACCUGAUUUCGAAAUCGACUAUGAUAACGUCUAUGAGAAUAUUGCGAAGGCCAGCGAAAUGGAGAAGCACCUGGAGCUGCUCUAUCGGCCCUUCACGUGCCUCGUGGACGUCAAUUGCCGAUUCAGUCUGUUCGAGUUGGCGAUUCUCUUGGACGAUUCGCGCUAUGAGCCCACUAGGCACCCGGCAUUGUUUGUCCGCCUGCAUGAUCCCAGUGCCGAAAUCAAGAUAUAUUCUGGUGGCAAGAUACAGUCCACGGCCCUGACAGCCAACUCGGCACGCACGGCCCUGCUGAAGGUAAUGCAGAUGGUCGAGGAGCUGGACUACAAGGCGGACGUCAAAAACUUCAGCAGGAAUAUUGUGCACGCCUCCUUCUGUCUACCCUUCAAAAUCGACCUGGAGAUGCUGAGCGAAAUGCACAGCGAGCACAUAUCCGGCAACCGUGAGACGCGACCCUUCAUCACCUACAAGAUCGAUGGCACCGCGAUCCGAUUUGCCGUAUUCCCCAACGGCUACGUGCUCGUGCUGCACUCGAAGCAGCACAGCGAGACCCGAGCGGCUAUCGCCGGCUUCCUGCCGAUCUUGGCUCAGUUCCAGAACGGCUAUCUCACCCACUCGGAGAAGUACGGCACUCUGUGUGGCGAUGUCUCGUUCAAGCUGCUGUGGGAGCGCAAGCUGGAGGAGGAUACGGAGGGUGUCUUGCUCUAUUCCUGAGUCAUAUUCGCCGGCUUGUUUUGUUUUGCUUCUUUUCGUGUUGUACUUUAUUUGAAAAUGCUGUGAACAUUUGUCAUAAACCAAACUUGUAUAGUA